AAGUAAGUUGAAGUGGGAGAAAGAAAUAAGAAGUGAAGAGAGAGAGAGAGAGAGAGUAAAGAGUGAAAAAUUGAUUUACAUUCAUAUCAUAUGUAAAUUGAUUACUAAAUAAAGGGCAUGGAUAUCCAUCUCAUUUCGUCUGCAACAACAAGUAGAACAAUUUCCAGUUUUGUCAAAUCUCAUAAUCACUAUGCAACACUAUUACCGUCCAAGGAACAUUCCGUCCGACCCUGUUCGCUCAAUUCUGGGAGUUUGGGUUUCACCUGUCAAGUGCUCGAUGAAAUGCCUCUGUCAGAUACUUUUGCUUGGAACCAGCUUAUCCACGCCCAUUUGACCGAUAAAGAGCCCCUCCCCGCUCUCUCUGUUUAUAUUCACAUGCUCCUUCGGGGCGCUCUUCCUGACCGCCGUACUCUCCCCCGCGUCUUGAAGGCUUCUCGCCUCUCCACCAACCUCUCUCUCGGCAAACAGAUCCAUGGCCAGGCCUUAAAGCUCGGCUUCUCUUCCGACCAGUAUGUCAUUUCUUCUUUGAUAGAUAUGUAUGGCCAUCUUCACAGCACUGAAUCUGCUAAGUGGCUCUUUGAUCAUUCUCCACCAGGCAAUUCGGUUUCUGGGACUGUCUUAGCUAGGCUCUACUUGCUGCAAAAUAAGCCUCAUUUGGCUGUUUCUACAUUUUAUCAAAUGUUGAACUUCGGCUCUCAAAUUGACCCUCCAGCCUUAGCAACAGCUAUUGCUGCUUGCGGGAUGUUAAAAUCACUGCAGCAUGGAAGAUAUGUGCAUGGCAUUGCCAUGAAAUUUGGACUGGAUUCUGACCUUCUGGUCAGCAAUUCACUUUUGCAAAUGUAUAUUCAUUGCGACUGCAUCGAAGAUGCUCGGAAAACUUUUGAUCAAAUGCCCCUUAAAGAUGUUAUUUCAUGGACAGAGAUCAUUGGUGGGUAUGCGAGUAUUGGUGGAUUUAAUGAAGCUCUCAAAUUGUUUCGGCAGAUGACUGUUGCUGGAAUAAAACCCGACUCGCUAUCAAUUUGUAGCAUUCUCCCUGCUUGUGCAAGACCAGCAGCUCAUAAGCAUGGGAAAGAGGUUCAUGCAUACUUGCUAAGAAAUGGUAUGAAUCUUAAUGUUGCUGUCCAAAAUGCUGUUAUGGACAUGUACGUUAAAUCUGGUUUCCUAGAGUGUGCUUCACAGAUUUUUGUUGGGAUGAAGGAGAGAGAUGUUAUUUCAUGGACUGUGAUGAUGUUAGGAUUUAGUUUACAUGGUCAAGGUGAAGUUGGAGUCGAGUUGUUCCGAAAGCUGGAGAAGGACCCAACCAUAGAGAUUGAUCAAUUCACAUACGCAGCUGUCCUCCAUUGUUGUACUAGUGCAUGCAUGGUUGAGGAAGGAAAGUUAUACUUCGACUGUAUUAAGGAACCUAAUGUCACGCAUUACGCUCUUAUGGUUGCUCUUCUAGCUCGUGCCUCACUUUUUGACAAUGCAAUAGGCUUUAUUGAAGAGCAUCAGAUUGGAGGGAGUGGAGAAGCAUGGAGAGCAGUGUUAGAUGGGUGCCAGAUCCACCAGCAAGUGAAAACCGCAAAGCAGGUCAUUGAGCAGCUCUGUGAGUUGGAACCUUUUAAUGCUGAAAACUACGUGUUACUGUCGAACUGGUAUGCUGCCAGCAGAAAAUGGGAAAUGGUUGACAAACUGAAACAAAAGAUAAAAGACACGGGUUUGAAGACUAAGAAAGCGUAUAGUUGGAUAGAAUCCCGCAAUAAAGUGCACACAUUUGCAACGGAAGACGUUUCCCAUCCAAAAUCAGAAAGAAUAUAUAGAGAGAUGCAACGUUUAAUGAAGCAAAUGGAAGUUGAAACACUUAAGGUAGCUUCCCUUUUUAGCCUACAUGAGUUAGAAGAAGAGCGAGAGAGCAGUAAUCACAGCGAAAUGCUGGCGCUUUGUUUUGGGCUCAUUAGUAUGCCGACAGGGACAACAAUUCGUGUUGUGAAAAAUCAUGGUGUGUGUAAAAGCUGCCAUCAUUCUGCAAAGAUUAUAUCUAAAUUAGUAGAGCGGGAGAUAAUCAUAAAGGACUCUAAUUGUUUCCAUCAUUUUAAGGAUGGAAUUUGUUCAUGCAGGGAUUUUUGGCUGGCUUUGACCGAGCUCCGAGGUUUGGCCCACGAGUACACCCACGUGUACCAGAUCUUGGGACCACAGAAGAUCCUCGGACAGACUGGUGGAGCUCGGAUCUCAUUUGAAAUAAAAUGCAUGCUCAUUAAAAUAAUGUUUGGAUGGCGAAGUGGGGGCUCAAAACCGUCAAAUGCCAUGUCUAUUGUGGAGCUUUCAGUUCAUAUGGACUGCCAGGGAUGCGAGAAGAGAAUAAGAAGAGCAAUCUCCAAAAUGCAAGGUGUUGAUAGCUUGGAAAUAGACAUGGAUAAGCAGAAGGUGACUGUAACAGGAUAUGUGGAGCAGAGAAAGGUGCUUAAGGUUGUACGGAGGACAGGAAGAAAGGCCGAGUUUUGGCCGUUCCCCUACGACUCUGAAUAUUAUCCUUACGCAGCUCAGUAUUUGGAUGAAUCUACUUAUACUACUUCCUAUAACUACUACAGACAUGGCUUUAAUGAAAAUGUGCAUGGAUACUUCCCAGACCAGGCCUACGAAACAGUCAGUGAUAACACUGUUCAUCUUUUCAGUGAAGAUAAUGUUCAUGCCUAUUGCACCAUUAUGUGAUUUACACAAAAAUAAAUAUUCCACCAUUAUGUGA